UCAAGAAGAAGUAACCUUCCUGCUUGUUGCAGAGAUGCAGUGGGGAUAGCUGUAAAGGAAAGCUGUAAUGCUUCCAGGGAGAGGAAGAUUUGAAUCAGGGCUGCCUGACCCCAAGCAUUCUCACUGUAUGAGUGACUCUCACCUUCCACUGAGCCCCAUACCAGCUGUUCUCCCACCAGCCAGCUGUUCACCUGCUACCAGAUCUACUCCACCCAUGUCCUCUGAGAUGCACUUUAGUUCUUGGCAUCCGGGACUGGGUGGACCUACAAGAGAAGUAUGUCUGGCUUUGAAUCUGCAGAGAACUCAGAUAAUUCAUGAAGGCAGAUGAAGACGAUGUUGUCCUUGGAACCCAGAGCCCUAGUCCUAGUCCAGCUGUCACUAAAGUGCCUGCUCCUGGAGGAGUUGUUGGGCACCUGUGCAGGAACCCAUACUCUGCGCUAUGACCUCAUGGCCUUGUCUCUGGAGGGGUCAAGGGAAUCCCAAUUCAGAGGCCUGGGAUACAUUGAUAAUGAGCUCUUCCUACGCUAUGACAGCUACAGGAGAAGAGCAGAGCUCUGGGGGCCUAGGAUCAAGGGAAAAGGAGGAGCUGAGAUCUGGACAAGAGAGACUGAGGACAUGCAGGAGAAGGAGGAGCAACUCAGGAGGAUGCUGACUGAGGUCAUGACCCAGAAGGGCCAGCAUGGAGGCAUUCACACCCUUCAGGCAACUUUCGGCUGUGAAACCCAAGGAAACAACACUGGAAGCUUCUGGCACUUGGGCUACGAUGGGCAAGACUUCCUCACCUUUGACCAGAAGAUCCCAACAUGGAAAGUGUCCAUGCCUUCAGCAUACUCAUCCAAGACAGUCUGGGAGAGACAUGGCCCCACUAUGGAACAAGUUAAGACUUUUCUGAAUGGCAUAUGUCCUGACCAUCUCCAAAGAUAUUUGAUUUAUUUGGGGAGACAAUUGAUGGAUACAGGUACUGACUAUGGGUGGGUGGGUCCAUUCACUGAGUUUAACUGCAUCUUACCACAGUGCUUAUGAGGUACUGGAUUCUCACUAAAUUAGACAAGCAUCACAUAGUCUAAGGUGACACCCAAAUGGAGUGUGGUAAUCUCCAG